AUGGCGGCGAGUAUCAAAGGUGUUUUUAAUGACGAGCUGCAAAAUGCUAUUUUAAAUAGCAAAAUAUUAGUUGUGGGUGCCGGUGGGAUCGGCUGUGAAAUCCUCAAAAAUUUGGUGAUGACCGGAUUUAAAGAUAUUGAAAUAAUUGAUCUGGAUACAAUUGAUGUAAGCAACUUAAAUCGGCAGUUUCUAUUUCAAAAACAACAUGUUGCUUUGGACAACAGAGCAGCCCGUAAUCAUGUCAAUCGUAUGUGUUUAGCAGCUGAUAUUCCUCUAAUUGAGUCAGGAACAGCUGGAUACAAUGGACAGGUCGAGUUGAUUAAAAAAGGAUUAAGUCAGUGCUACGAAUGCUUCCCAAAACCUCCUCAGAAAACAUUCCCAGGUUGUACAAUCCGUAACACACCUAGCGAGCCUAUCCACUGCAUAGUUUGGUCGAAACAUUUAUUCAAUCAAUUAUUCGGUGAGGAAGAUCCCGACCAAGAUGUUUCACCAGACACAGCCGAUCCUGAGGCUGCCGGAGAUAAAGCCGGUGAAGAAGCUUUAAACUCAGACGCUAAUGAAAAAGGAAACGUCGAGCGUGUGUCAACUCGCUUAUGGGCCCAUUCGAACGGUUACGAUCCCGAGAAACUUUUUGCUAAAUUAUUCCACGAUGAUAUUAAGUAUCUGCUGAGUAUGGAUAAUUUGUGGAAGAAGAGGACGCCUCCAACACCUUUAGAUUGGAAAAAUUUACCCGAUGAAGUCGCUGGCUGCAGCAAAGACACCGAUGAGGGAUUAAAAGACCAGCAGCGAUGGAGUAUUGCUAAAUGUGCGCUAGUCUUUGGCAAAGCCCUUGAAAAUUUAAAGAACAAGUUAGAAGAACUACGCAAAAAAUCACCAAAUGAUCAUCUAGUUUGGGACAAAGAUGACCAGGAUGCCAUGGACUUUGUUGCAGCCUGUGCAAAUAUUCGCGCUUACAUUUUUGGUAUUGCUCAAAAAUCUCGCUUUGACAUAAAGUCAAUGGCCGGUAAUAUUAUUCCCGCAAUUGCUACUACAAAUGCGAUAAUUGCUGGAGUUGUUAUCUUACAUGCAUUCCGUAUCUUGACUGGUAACCUGAAAGCCUGCAAGUCUGUUUAUCUGAGACCGCGACCCAAUCAUAGGAAUCAAUUCUUGGUGCCAGAAAGAGAAGUUAACCCGCCUAAUCCAAAGUGUUACGUGUGUGCUCCAACUCCUACCGCUGUUCUGGCGUUGGAUACCACCAAAAUGACAAUUGCCGAGCUUAAUGAUUCUGUACUGAAAGAAAGAUUAAAUAUGAUUGCUCCAGACGUUAUGAUUGAUGGUUUGGGCAAAAUUAUAAUCAGCAGUGAGGAAGGUGAGACGGAGGAAAAUAAUGACAAAAUAUUAGAGGAGCUCGGUGUUAAGAAUGGAUCGAUACUUAAGGUCGAUGAUUUCCAACAAAACUACUCGCUAACUGUUAAUAUCGUUCAUCGUGACAAGCCUGCAGUGCGGGGAGAUGUUCCCGACUUUUUAGUGGUUGCAGACGAGCAGGAUCUUAAACCCAAGGAGGAAGAGGAACCUAAAAAAGAUAACCAAGUGCCAUCGACUUCCAACGGUCAGGUCACUGACAUUAUUGACGAUGAUUUGUUGGAAAUAAUUCCAGAUGAUGAUGAUGACGACUUGAUGGAAGUUGUAGACGAAGAAGAAUUACCAGCCAAGAAAAGAAAGACUGUAUCACCUGGACGGGAAGUCCCAUCAAUAAAGAAACGAAAAACUGAUCGACAAGUUUCUGAUGAUGGGGAUGAUUGCUGCGUUAUUGAGGACACAAAUGAAGUCACCUGUAUUCCACAAAAAAAUUCGCUGAAAAGAGUUCACAGCUAG